AUGUCUCUUAUCGACGACUUUAAUGAGUCUACAGAGGCUUCACUCGCACCAGUCCCUGCGUCAUUUGGUGAUGUGUACGCGGCUCCCAAUGGAUACGGAACGGGAUUUGAAGGUGGAGGAGACAAUGUGCGGUUAGAAACCGGUUAUGUCUCUGUAUCCAAUGGAUUUGGCCAAGCAGACGUUCCUAUCUUUGCUUUGAACUAUGUCCAGUUUCAACUACCAGCACCGCUCGUUGAUAUGGCUGUGUCCAACAACAUUCUUGUCAUGGCCCUUGAAACAUUCCGGAUAUUGCGUAUCGACCUUGAUCAUUCACUCGAAGUGGAAGAGAUUGAAAUUACACGUAAAGCGAGUGAUGGCAAGAUAUCCAAAGUGUUCUUUGAUCCUACUGGCCGUCAUUUGAUCAUCACUACCGAUCAUGGUGAGAACUUUUACUUGUAUGAAAAAUGGAGACGUACCAAGCAAUUAUCCAAGCUCAAGGGCGUCACCAUUUCAUCCGUGGCAUGGAACAAACAAGCUACAUUGACAGAUCCAUCUACACGUGAAAUCCUUAUUGGCACCACCAAUGGUCUUAUUUAUGAAACAUGCCUUGAACCUACCGAUGAAUUCUUUCGAAGGGAGGAAAAGUAUUUCAAGCAAAUCUAUUCCAUGCACGAGUCCACCAUGCCCAUCACUGGAUUAUACUUUGAGCAAUUCCCUGUCAACAAUCGAAAGUAUUUCGCCAUGGCUACCACGCCCACUCGCAUUUACCAGUUUGUCGGCUAUGUCGGCCCAUCCACCAACAGUAAUGGAUCAAGAUCUUCUCCUGGAUUUGGCGAAAGUGAAGAUAAUCGUGCCGCUGAAAAGGCCCUGUUCGAAGCCAUGUUCUCCAACUAUGAUGUGAAUCCUGGUUUUCAGGAACUACCAGGAGAAUUGCCCUACAGCGAAUUACACUUUUUCAGUCGAUUUCACGAAUUACAACAGCAAGGUGUUGCACAAACAUUUGCAUGGCUGACAGGCCCUGGUAUAUAUCAUGGAGAUUUGGUCUUUGGAUCACAAGGCGUUGGUGAUAGCGUCAUUGAUAACGUCCAGCUGCUUCAGUAUCCUGCAACACCUUCUGAAGAUGAGACGGGCAAACUUGUGACAGAGAUUCCUAUUUCAGUCGCCUUGACCGAAUUCCAUUUUAUCCUUCUAUACAAGGAUCGAGUACGUGCCGUAUGCCAGCUCAAUGAUCAAAUUGUGUACGAAGAACAUAUACCCAUUAACGACGGCGAGAUCAUGCUUGGUAUGGCAGUCGAUGACAUUAAGCGCACAUUUUGGAUCUACACGACACAAACCAUAUACGAGCUCAGCAUUGAAAACGAGGAAAGGGAUGUAUGGAAGCUCUAUUUGGAGAAGGGCCAAUACGAUACGGCAUUGCAAUAUUGCAAAGAUCCUGGUCAGAAGGAUAAGGUGUAUACGGCCCAAGCACGUGACUAUUUCUCCCUGAGGAGGUAUCAGAUGAGCGCACGCUACUUUGCAGAAAGCACGGUGCCCUUUGAAGAGGUGGCUCUCAAAUUCGUGGAAAAGAAUGAACGUGAUGCUUUGCGGACUUAUCUCAAUAACAAAUUGGAACGAUUCAGGAAAAAGGAUCGUACACAAAAAACGAUCUUGGCGACAUGGCUGGUGGAGCUAUACUUAUCCAAAAUGAAUGAGUUGGAAGAUUUAAUGUCGUCAGUUCAUUGUACAACCACCGCCACCACUAAUGGAGAUGCAACCACUACUACGACUACCACCGCCACUACCAAUGGGACUACCACCACCUCUGCUGCCACUGCAGUACAACACAAUGAUAGCAUGUACUACAAGGAACAACUAGCAGAAAUUCGUGACGAGUUUCAUUUGUUUUUGAAAACGUAUUGCAACAUCCUCCACAAGCCGACUACUUACAAGCUCAUCUCCAGCCAUGGUCGAAACGACGAGUUGUUGGAUUAUGCUGCGUUGAUCGAGGAUUAUGAGCGUGUCAUUAGUCACUGGAUAGUGGAAAAGGAUUGGGAAAAGGCACUCGAGGUGCUUGCCAAGCAGGCCAAUCCUGAUAUCUUUUACAAGUUUUCUCCUGUCUUGAUGGAAAAUGCACCGUAUGAGACUGUCAACGUGUGGAUGCGACAACCCAAUCUCAACCCACGCCAAUUGAUCCCAUCUUUAUUGCGAUACGAUCAUAAGCGGAUAUCCGAUAAAGUUACCCAGAAUCAAGCCAUACGAUACCUCUCCCAUGUCGUCACCACCCUUCGCAAUACGGAUCCCGCUAUCCACAAUCUCCUUCUCACGCUUUAUGCCACCCAACCCACACCGGAUGAAACCGCAUUGCUCACCUUUUUAAAGAAUGAGGGUCGUGAUAUGCACUAUAAUCUCGACUAUGCGCUUCGACUCUGUACGCAAAAUGGCCGAACACAAAGCUGCGUCCAUAUUUAUAGCCAGAUGGGUCUUUAUGAAGAAGCCGUGAACCUUGCGCUCAAGUAUCAUGAUCUCGAACUGGCGCGUAUCAAUGCUGAUAAACCCGAGGAUGAUGAUGCUCUACGCAAAAAGUUAUGGCUCAGCAUUGCAAAACACGUGGUGCAUGAGAACAAUGAUAUCAAGACUGCCAUGGAGUUUUUGCAGCAGAGUGAUCUUCUCAAGAUUGAGGAUAUUUUGCCCUUCUUUCCCGACUUUGUACUCAUUGACGAUUUCAAGGAAGAGAUAUGCAAUGCCUUGGAGGAAUACAAUAUUCAUAUUGAGGAACUUAAGGCUGAGAUGGAUGAAGCAACCAAAAGCUCAGAGAGUAUUCGCCUGGAUAUCCGUGAAUUGAAAAACAGAUUCGCGUUGGUGAAUGCAGUAGAAAAAUGCUAUAUUUGCAGUUUCCCAUUAUUGACACGACAAUUUUACAUCUUCCCUUGUCAACAUGCGUUCCACGCAGAUUGUCUUAUGGAUCAGACCUCUCAAUUCUUAUCCGUUCGCCAAAUCCGCCGAUUACGCUAUAUUCGAGAGCAACUUUCCAAGGAUUUGGGCCGUGGCAAAAAGGGCAAAUCAAACACAGCACGUGGAGAAGUUAUCUCAGCCCAUGAAGCAGCUGCAUCCAUGACUGAAGUUCAUGGCGAUCCAAGGAGUACAAUGACACAAAGCGAAUUGCUAAGGGAAGAAUUGGAUGAAAUUGUAGCUGGUGAAUGUGCUCUAUGUGGCGAUAUCAUGAUUCGAUCCAUUGAUCAACCUUUUAUUGGCGAUGAUGAGACAGAAGAAGUAGCUUCAUGGGCCGUUUAA